CUUUGGUAAAUCAGUUCGUUCAGUUUUGCAUCUGGAAAAUGAAUUCUGUACUGGCUUUUCUGCUCCUCUGCAUUGUAACUAUUGCGACCGGUAGUUACUACCAUAAUAACGAUGAACAUUAUCAGCAUGACGAGUACGAAAAUCAGGGUCCUGCUCAAUAUCACUUUAACUACGGAGUUCAUGACCCCCACACUGGAGAUAAGAAGUCCCAGCAUGAAGAACGCGAUGGUCACAAUGUCAAAGGGGCCUAUUCUUUGGAUGAACCUGAUGGUACCAAACGUAUUGUAGAAUACGAAGCAGGACCACAUGGUGGGUUCCAAGCCCAUGUGAGAAGAGUUGGCCACGCCCAACAUCCCUAUCACUACAGUAAUGGAGGUCAUCAUGAAGAUUAUGAUAACGGUCAUUAUGAGAACGGUCAUCAUGAUAACGGACACGGGAGUGCUGAAAGUUACGUUGGAACAACCCAUUGGGGAUAUCACCAUUGAUUGGGUGGCUUCAUGUAUUAAAGUCCGUUUCAUUAGAUGGUCCA